CAGGGAGCGCUGGGAGAGCUGGAUUGUUUGUGUUGAUGUUUUUUCACUCUUUAAAAAAAAAAACAAACCCCGCCGUUAGGGCCUUCCUACCGUAGCUGUUGUCUGUUUGGAAACACUCUAUUAAAAGCAAAAGGAUUACUGUUUUUUCUUGUUUGUAAAUAUUUUAUCUGCCCUGGAGUGACGGAAGGUUUUGGAAAAUGUCUUCGCCACCGCGAGAGAAACCUCCGACCAAAGGCGGACACCCACCUGCAGUGAAGGCCGGGGGGAUGCGCAUCGUCCAGAAGCACCACGCAGCAGGAGACCACCAGGGCCAGGACAGGGACAAGGACAGUAAGGACUGGGAGACCGGCGCCAGCCCCCCCAAGCCAACGUUAUUCAUCUCUGGAGCAAUAGCCCGGGGCGAUAAGGACUUCCCCCCUGCUGCUGCCCAGGUGGCCCACCAGAAACCCCAGGCCUGCCUGGAGAAGCUGCCCCCCCCUCACCACCUCAACCAGCACAUCCACCAGCCCCGCAAGUGAGCUGGCCCGGCGCCCGCGCUGCCUUGUCCCCACACCAGGGGGCGCCGCCGUGGCCCGGAGGAUCUCCUACACUACAGUGGAUGGAGGACGGUCCUCAGGAGCUGCGGUUCCCCAGGAACAUCUCUGUCUGUCUGUCUCUGUUCUCUAAAGAAGUUCCGCUCGACGCCUUGUGUACAGCGCUAAGGGGUGGAGGGGUGUGUGCAUGGUGGGUGUCAGGUAAGCUGCUAUCUUUGUGAGGUCUCUCGGUGGCAACAGGGCAGGGGGGGGACACUGUUUGACGGCAGAGGUGUCUCUGUGCUCUGACUGUACAGGGCGAUGCCCAUUUCACCCCAGGGAAUACCUGCUUCCUGCGCCAUGCAUCAUCAGCAGACAUUCCUGUCCCAUCUCGAAUCCCCAGUGAGCGCGCCGUCUGCCAGGGCUACCCAGCCCAGUACCAGACCGCUGGGAGGAGUGAACUGAACCAGACAGAUCAAGAAGUGAUGUGCAAGCCCUGCAAAAUGAUUUCCCCCAAUCCAAAUACCAGUCAGAGAGCUGUGUCAUGCAAUCUGGAGCAACACAGCCAACAUAUACAGUACCAAGAGCUAUUCCAAGUUGGCAGGAGUAACAAAGCAUUGUUUUUAAGGCACUGACAAAGACAUGAUUGCCUUCCCAGCUUUCGUAGCCAAUAUACAACUCCAGAUUAUCUAGGAUAAUUUUAAACUAAAAUGAGCUUAGCUCUUAGGAAAAUGAGAGCCGAAGGAAAAAAAUAAAACUCAGGACAGACAUUUUGUGUUUCUCAGAAAGCUGCAGUGUUUUGCGGGCAGCUCUGUGGGUUUUAAAACCCAUUUUCUGCACGAUGCCUUCAAGAGCCUUUCCGAAGGGAUUUCAUUUGUUUCGGAGACGGCUAUGAAGUUACAUUGUAUUUUAAAAUAUUACUUUUAUCUAGUAUUUCUUGUACAAAUCAGGAGAUUGGGAAAUUCAGGAAAGUAUAAGGCCCUUUACCGGUGAUAUUGACUGCUGUUGUUAUUGAAAGAUGUCUGAUAUUAGUGGUGUUAGUAAUGUUAAUAGCUGUAUUUCAGACAGGAGGCAAGGAAUCCACAUUCGUUCCGCUUGAACCACAGGACACAGCAGGGUUUCUGUUCAACAGGUAGAGCUGUUCAGUCCUUUUAUAUCCCUGUCAGGGAAAUUGAAACACAAACGUCUGUACAGCCAAAGAAGUAAGUGUUUAGAGUAUGACGUGAUUCUUCAUUACAGAUUUUGGCCUUUAACUUAGUUGGUCUUGGUAUCUUUUCAGAAGAGAUCAAAGCAUCAACAUUCUUUUCCUUUUUCCUGACUUGAAUGUCCGAUUGAUUUUGCUUUAUUGAUCCAAGGAUUGAGCUCAGAUUAUGUAGCCACAUGCUCCUGUUCCUGAAUGACACUGAAGUUUUUUAGAUCUUUUUUAAUAUUUUCUGACCAAAAGGAAAGCAGUAUUUGCACUUUGGGUGAGUGUAUAUUUAAUCAUUCUUUUAACCUGAGAGAAUGGUCCAAGCCAUGACUUAUCUGCUUCAGAAUAAAAAUGAAUAACUUAAUUGCUUUUGAAACACAAAGGGGAAUCACGUUGUCAAAGGGCAUAACUAUAACAAGCACUAUUAACCCAAGGAAAAAGAGUCUCUUCGGUACUCCCGGAGCUGUCUGUGUCUCACCUGCGAAUUGAGUGAUUGAAUAAAAAGAUUGUUUCCACCCAUCUGAAACACACACUGCAUGGGUUUGUCCUCAUGUGGACAGGGAGCAUAAGGGGUUUUCUAACAGAAGAAACUUGCAAAAGCCACACUUGUUCUCAGAUGUUCUUGCAACGUUUUGGCAACACAGGAUCUGGGGGUUUAGUGAUCAGGGUUCGGGGUUUGUAACUGCAAGACGGGGGGUUCAAAUCACAGGUGAGAUACAGAAAGGAUUCCAGAAAAGUGCUCAGCUGCAAAAUUGGUGCAUGUGUCAGUCGCCUUGGAUAAAACAUCAGCCAAAGCAAUUAGCAGCAGUAGUAAAUGGUUAUCAUGGGACAGCAACGUGUUCCUGGGCUUCAGUCCCAGCAAGACUGAGUGCUGCUGUUGUUUCACUGUAAAAUACCCUGCUGCUGACGUGGGUGUUCUCCAGGUUGGCAGUGUGACUGACUCAUUUGAUUAAAUAAUAAUUUCUAUAGAAAAAAAGAGAGAUGUGUUUUAUCCUUGGCAGCUUGACAGAUCUCUGAAUCCCCUGAGUGUGAUCCACUCGGUCCUAGCUGGAGGCCCAGUCCCGGUUCUGAAAGAACAGGAGCUUUGCCCUCUUGAGAGUUAUUGUUAAUAGAGUUAUUCAUCGUUUUGUUGUUGUUGUUGUUGAUGGGGUACUUUGUGUUAUUAAAAAUCUUGUUAAAAUAACUUA